CCGAGAAUCCCAACGAUGAAGUUGGGUUUUGUUCCGAACGCCAUUUUAAAUUCCUCCUCGUCACCUCGCCUAUUUUUCACUCUUCCUCUUUCUCAUCCCUUCUCUGCUCAAUCCUCACCUAACAAAAUCACUUCCUCAGGUUCAGGGAGAAAGGACUCGAUUUUGUGUGCGCAAAAUACUCAUCAUAAAAGUGAACUGAUACCCAGUUAUUCGAUGGCUUCAGAGCAAGAAUCUCCGGAAUUUAACAGAAAUCUUUACCCACUUAUAGAGCCCUAUAGUACAGGGUUUUUGAAGGUUUCGGAUCUUCACACAAUCUACUGGGAGCAAUCAGGAAACCCGAAUGGGCAUCCUGUUGUCUUCCUUCAUGGGGGCCCUGGAGGUGGUACUUCACCGAGUAAUCGGAGAUUUUUUGACCCUGAAUUUUAUAGAAUUAUUCUAUUUGAUCAGCGAGGUGCAGGAAAAAGUACACCCCAUGCUUGCUUAGAACAGAACACCACAUGGGAUCUUAUUGAUGACAUUGAGAAGUUAAGGGAGCACUUGCAGAUUCCAGAAUGGCAGGUAUUUGGUGGGUCGUGGGGAAGCACACUUGCCCUUGCAUACAGCCAGUCACACCCAGAAAAGGUUACUGGCAUAAUCAUCAGGGGAAUUUUUCUUUUGCGAAAGAAAGAGAUUGAUUGGUUUUAUGAGGGUGGUGCUGCUGCAAUAUUCCCUGACGCUUGGGAACCAUUUAGAGAUUUAAUUCCAGAUAAUGAGAAAGGAUGCUUCGUUGAAGCCUACAGGAAGAGAUUAAAUUCUGAUGAUAUGGAAACUCAAUAUGCAGCUGCUAGAGAAUGGACUAAAUGGGAAAUGAUGACUGCGCAUCUUAUUCCAAAUGAAGAUAACAUCAAAAAAGGGGACGAUGAUAAAUUUUCACUGGCAUUUGCACGGAUUGAAAACCAUUAUUUUGUGAACGGUGGAUUCUUUCCAUCAGAAUCGUUCCUGUUGGAUAACGUUGAUAAGAUAAGGCAUAUCAACACUGUAAUUGUACAGGGAAGAUAUGAUAUCUGCUGCCCAAUGAUGUCAGCCUGGGAUCUUCAUAAAGCUUGGCCAGAGGCAGAUUUUAGGGUGGUUGCAGAUGCAGGCCAUUCAGCAAAUGAACCGGGCAUAUCUGCUGAACUUGUGGCUGCAAAUGAGAAACUGAAAUACCUCAUGAGCAAUAAAGCCUGAAGUGACUCAAAAUACACAUGCAAAUGCCUUGGUGACAUAAAUGGUUAUUGUUAAGAGUCACAGGAUGGUGCAGCGUAAAUCUGUAUUGCAGGAGAACCGCUUCAGUUUUAAUAAACAAAUAAAAAGCCAUCUGGUCUGUGAUUUAGAAUAAGGUGUGGAGGGUUGUUCUCAGUAUCUGAUGAAGCUUGAUUGUGUUAAAUAGACUUGGUAUUGUAAUGGAAGUGCUUUGCCCUACAAUAUGAUUAUGAUCACAUAGCUUUUGGUGGUGUGUUCCCUCAGAUGUUAUAUCAGUGAAAUGUAUGUUAUUUUCUUUCCUUUUUUUUUUUGUUUGGUUCUCAGUUCAGAUAUGAUUUCUUUUCUGAUAGACAUCUGAUGUUGUGAUAAUUUGUUAUGAAUUAUAAUGAUUUAUUGCAUUGUUUGA